AUGUGGAGGUACAGAAACUAUGUAUUUGCUUUUCACUAUCAGCUGCGUACCUGCAUUCUCCUCGCCUUGGCCACCUGUGCCUUUGGUCAUCCUACCACCAGCUACACUCUCGCCAGUAACCUCGGUUACGGACUCGGCUAUGGCAACCUCGGCUAUGCCGGCCUUGGCUACGGUGGCCUUGGGCUCUCCCAUUAUGGCCUUUCCCAUGGAGUUGGCUACUCAGGCCUGACUGGCUAUGGCGUUGGUUACGGACACGGAUACGCCCCAGCCGCUAGCUACGCCGUCGCCGCCCCAGCUGUUGCCCGCACCGUUUCCACCUACCACGCUACUCCAGCUGUGACCGCUUUCCACGCCGCCCCAGCUGUCGCCACCUACGCUGCCGCCCCAGCUGUAACCAGCGUUGUCCGCUCCGCUCAAGUUGUUGCUGCUGCCCCAGCUGUCACCAGGGUGGUCCAUUCCGCUCCAGCUGUCACCUACGCUGCCGCUCCAGCUGUCACCAGGGUGGUCCAGUCCGCUCCAGCUGUCACCUACGCUGCCUCCCCAGCUGUCACCAGGGUGGUUCAGUCCGCUCCACUUGUCCAGACCUAUGCUGCCGCCCCAGCCGUAACUCGUGUCGCCACCUAUGCUGCCCCCGCUGUGACCAAGGUUGUCCAGUCCGCUCCUCUUGUCCAGAGCUACGCUGCUGCCCCAGCCGUGACCGCUGUCCACGCUGCUCCAGCUUUCGCUGCCGUCCACGCUGCCCCAGCUGUUACCACCGUUGCCCACGCUGCUCCAGCGGUUGCUACUUACGGAGUCGCCCACGCUGCCCCAGCGGUUGCUACUUACGGAGUCGCCCACGCUGCCCCAGCGGUCGCUACCUACAGCGUUGCCCACGCUGCCCCAGCCCUCGCUACCUACGGUGUUGCCCAUGCCGCACCAGUCCACUACGGCUACGGCGUUGGCUCCCUGGGCUACGGUACCGGUCACUACGGUUACGGCCACGGUCUCCUCGGUUACGGCCUGAACUAUGGCUACGGUCUUGGCUCCCCGCUGAGCUACGCCACCCUCCUCCGCAAGAAGAAGUGUAAGAUGUACUUUGUAGUCGGCAGUUAA